AUGGUAGCACAUGAUGCUGCACUGAGUUGUAGUUCUCCCAUGAUUCAGAAUUUUAGCUCGCUCUUGGAUGACAGUAGAGAGCAGGCAUAUUUUGUACUGGGCAGGUUUCUAUCUGUAGACUUUCCCCAGCGUGGUGGUAUGCUCUGGUUCGAGCUGCAGCAGCGAGCCUCUUUCAGAGCUACCAUCUCUCAAGCCUCAGUGAGUUCUGACAAUGGGGACAGGCUAAGCAAACUGCCCAAUGACUUGCUCCUCAACAUUCUGGAGAGGGUGGGUACACUUGAUGCUGUAAGAACCUGCAUCCUCUCGAGACAAUUGUUGAAGCUGCCCACUAUGCUCUCGCAGAUAGUCAUUGAUCUCAGCCUUCACGAUUUGGUUCGAAUGAAUGGUGUCGUAGCUGAUGUGACAGAUAAGAUCCUUAGCGCAAGGUCUCCACAGAUCACCAUCCACAAGCUGAAGGUCAAAUUCUUAUUGAGUCCUUCUCGCUGCCUCUCCAUUGGAAAAUCUGUUGCCCGCGCCAUGGCAACCCAGAAACUGGAUGCAGCUGAGUUUGAAAUCUUGACGCCAAGGGAUUUUCAAAAUUGCACCGAGGCCUAUCUCCUGCUCUUUGCUGCGCAGUUGAAUAAUUUUCUCCAUGCUUGUCCAGAUGCAUUUGCUGGUCUCACGCGAUUGCAUCUGCAGAAUAUGAGGUUUGCAGAAUUAGACAUAACCAACAUCCUUGUCACUUGCAAGCGGUUGGAAUCACUGUGUUUUGUAGAGUGCGACGCAGGGAUAUGUUCCGUGCUGCAUGUAGAACAUGCUAGACUUGUUGAAUUUACCAUCACCUUUGGGGAAUUCAAAACGGUGGAGCUCAGCUAUCUACCAAAGCUCCAACGGAUGACCUAUAAUUAUUGGCCCUGUGAUGACAAUCCCUUGGUUCUUGGUUUUGUUCCUCAGCUUUCGGAGCUAAACCUCACUAAUGCUGGUCUUUCAGACAAAACCCUCGAGCUAAGUCAGCUGCUUGCAAAUGUCCAUACUGUGCGUGAUCUGUAUCUGAAUUUUCACAGUGAGAAGAUUUGGGUUCGACCAGAAUGCCGUUGGGUGCUUGCCCCUGUGCUCGCUCAACUACGCACGGUGAAUCUUGACAAUCUUCCUGAAGAAUGUGAUUUCGCUUGGACAAUGUUUUUUCUUGAAGCUGCACAAUGCCUGGAAGAACUUUGCUUCACAGUGUGGGAUCAUAAGUGUUGUAGGGAGUCACAAAAAAGUUUCUCCAAGAAAACAGAUGUGAAGUGGGAGCCAUCUUCUAUUAAUUUCAAGCACAAGAAUCUGCGCAAGCUAACCAUAUAUGGCUUCCAGUCCGACAAGAACUUCACGUCAUACAUCAGGCGCACCAUGAAAACUGCAGUAAACAUCCAAGAGAUUUCUCUGCACGAUAGGAAGGUGUGUAAGAUCUGCGCUGAGAAGUUUCCUCAGAUGGAGGCUCUCCCUUCGAGUUAUCCACAAACAGAUGAGGAGAAGGAUUCAUUGAGAAAGAAGAUUGCAGCGACGCCAACGAUGGUGGCUUCCCCUGCUAUGAUUCACUUCCCGUCUUAA